AUGGAAGGGACCAGCGAAGUGAAUGAUACUCUUGAUAACUCAGCAGAGGCUCCGCAGGUCAAGAGGAAAGAAAAUGAACAAUCUCCGAAUCCAGAAAAUUGCAAUGUGAUGGAAAUACCCGCCUUAUCUGGAUCCCAGGAUAAUAUAUGGCCCGAACACCUAUGUCCAAUGAGGUUUUUAAAGCCUCCACCAGAGAAUUUAGAAGGGGAGAAUGUUGUCAGACGCUUUGGUUCUCAGCCUCGGUCUAAACACCUAGGGAUGAGUCUCUGUUCCAAUGGUGAUGGUGACAUUAUAGUCGCAGAGUUGACAGUAACGAACUACAAGAAGUCAAGGUUGCGUCUAGAUGGCUGUUCAAAUAGUAGAGAUGAUGCAGUCAAGAAAAACGAGUGGCAGAAACUUUAUAAGGCAGCAGACGAUUCUAGGGAUGUGAUGUCCAAGGAAGCUCCGAACAUUGGUAAUGAAGGUGCAGGUAAUUUGUAUCUGAAUCAAUUCAGGUCUCAAAGGCCUCUUCCACAUAGGCAAAAAAAUUGUUCCAUGGUUUCUAAACGUUCAUUGGAAGGUGGGAAUUUUUCCGGUUCUGAAAAAAAUUUCACGGACUUUCCAGGAGGUACCAGGAGCAAGAUUUUAGAGGGGUAUGGUUUUCCGGAACUUGUAGUGAAUGAUUCGUUGAAAGGGAAGGGAAUUGCUUACAAGCAUCUGGGUGCUUAUGAUGCCCCACAGAUUCCAGUACACAGUUCUAGAAACGAAAUGCCCCGGAAACUUCUGGAUGAAGUGCACAAUUUGAAUGCUAAAUCCGAUGGCUUGAAUCUUUAUGGUGAUGUUAAUUGUUUCAACUCUGCUUUGGAUCCAGGAAUGAGUUUGAGAGGAUGGUUUAAUAGCGAGCUUCACAAUGCUGACAAAUCUGAGAGGUUUCUGAUAUUUAGGGAGAUAUUGGAACUUGUUGAUUCUUCUCACUCUCAGGGAAUUGCACUACAAGAUUUAUGCCCAUCCUUUUUUAUGAUAAGGUCUUCAAACCAUGUUAAAUAUGUGGGAUCUUUUAUUUCUCAAAGUCCCUCCGUUUCAUCAAAGGUUGCAAUCGAUCAGGAUGCCUUGUACUCUGUGAAUCAGUUAAAAAGGAAGAGUAACUUGGAAGUGGAUAAACAAGUUCCUGAAGUCGUGUCAGUAAAACAACAGAAAUUAAUUGGGAACCUAGAAUUUGGUAGCCAAUGCCACAUGUUUGGGAACAAAGUUGGCAGGAAGGAAGCAUCUAGAAUGAAUGAUUCUGCAAGGGUGAAAGUUCAAGAUUCUGGUUGCAAUUUUUGGCCACACUUCCUUGUAGAUGAAGAUCACAAGACUGGUAGCGUAACUAGUAAUCAAGAAGUAUUUCGGUAUAACAUCCAGAAGCCGGCCUGUGGCAUUUUUCAACUCGAGGAGAUGUGGUAUACCAGUCCUGAGAAUGGCAACGGCUGUCCGUUUUCAUCAAAUAUCUACAGUCUUGGUGUUCUUUUAUUUGAGGUAUGUUGGAACCAUACUUAUUUAUUUUAUUAUGAACCUUUGAGUUAUAGCAUUGCCAUAUUUUUUGCAUCUUGCUUUUCAUUCUGCUCAUUUUCCGCCUCUAAGUUCUAUUACCAGUUGAUUCAAAAUUGUUGAUUAUUGUCAAAAUCCUUGAUUAUCAAAAGGCAAUUCUCAAUUUCUGUCCAUUUGUUUGCUAUAAUUCAUUAUGUACUUGAAAUAAAAGGAAAUGGCACCGCAUAUGCCACUCAUCCAUUCAAAAUAAUCUCACGCAUCUGAGUGAACGAGAGGGAGACUAAUUAAACGCAUAAUCAGAUUAAUUCAUAAUUAGCUUCUUAAUACAUGCAAAAAGAUUUGAAAAAAUGUGUAAGUGAGAGAGUAGAGUCUUAAGUUUUUGUUUGCCAAUUUGCUAGAAGAAGGCUUGGGAAAUAUAAGACUUGGACUGAGCCUUAAGGUUUGUCAUGUUCUUUUACUGGUCUCACUAUUGGAAACGACGUGCUUAAACAAUUCUUUGUUACAUGUUUGUCUCAUCUGGCUGUUUCUGUCUCGUUUAUUAUCCACCCUUUGAGAACUUUAAUGAGCUAUUGUUUCUGUCUCGUUUAUGGUCUCAUAUGCCAUUUCAACUUGGUAGAAACAUCUACUGCAGUUUCAAUUUUAUGAGAUUCACAGAAGAUUUGGGACACUGAUUUUAGGCUAUUGUUUUGCAGCUGUUUUGUUCAUUCGAGUCAUGGGAAGUGCGUGCUGCAGCAAUGGUGAACCUUCGUCAUCGAAUUUUGCCUCCGAGAUUUCUCUCAGAGAGUCCUAAGGAGGCUGGCUUUUGCCUUUGGUUGCUUCAUCCUGAGCCUUCUCUGCGUCCAAAGUCUAGGUAUCCCCUUCAGAGUAUUUUAGCAAUAAGGUCACUCAUUUACUUGAAAACUAGCACUCGUUGGGUUGAUAGUUUCUUGGAGAGUACAGGUCUGGUUCAGACUGUGGGCAUCUUUACUUGGAGAGUACGUUUAGAUAGUAAUUCGUUGGGUAAUGUUUAGGACAAAACAUUUAAUGCAUAGUCUAUGGUGUCAGCAAAAAAUCCUGAAUCUUGUUACCGGGAGAUGUAUGAUCUUUUCAUCAAACUUGCACAGUCUAUAGUUAGAAAUUUGGUACCUAUUUGUUCACGUAUUCUGAAAGUUUCUUGUAUUUUUUUUGUCCCAGGGAAAUUCUGCUGUGUGAAUUUAUGUGUGAUACACAAGAUUUUACAUCCAUCGAUCAUGCGCUGGCUUCAAUUGAGGAUGAAUAUGCCGAGUCAGAUAUGUUAUUGCAUUUCCUUUUAUCUGCAAAAGAUCAAAAAGAAAAACGAGCUGCAAAGUUAAAGGAGGAUGUUCGUUGCUUGAGGACUGACAUUGAUGAGGUGGAGAGAAGAAACUCAUCAAGAAUUGAACCUUCUGCUCAUGUCAGAAGUCCAUCCGCAUACACCUGUGGGUUCCCUGAAAAAAAUCUUGCUGAAUCUGUCCCUUCAGAAAGAAAUUCUAGAAUGUCUGCAUCCGGAAUUAGCCAGGCAAGGUUGAUGCGGAACAUUAGUCAACUGGAGCGUGCAUACUUCUCCACGAGAUCAAAAAUUGACGUUCCUGCUACUGAUUCUGCAGCACGUAAGGCUAAAGAUGUCCUACAGAAGCAUGAAAAAUGCCAUCCUACACAAAGUAUUUCUGACGAAAAUUGCUCAAACAAAGAAAGCGAUCGCCUUGGAGCUUUUUUUGAUGGUCUGUGUAAAUAUGCCAGAUAUAACAAAUUUGAAGUACAUGGAACUGUGAGGAAUAGUGAUAUCCUUAACUCUGCAAACGUGAUUUGCUCUUUGAGUUUUGACCGAGAUGAGGAUUAUCUUGCUACUGCUGGCAUAUCAAAGAGAAUUAAAAUCUUUGAUUUUGGUGCUCUCUUGAAUGAUAAUGUGGAUGUUCAUUACCCUGUAGUUGAGAUGUUUAGCAAGUCAAGACUGAGUUGUGUUUGUUGGAAUAGCUACAUUAAGAACUACUUAGCUUCAACAGAUUAUGACGGCACUGUCCAGGUAUGUAUUUCUUUAGCCUUAAUUUUUUUGGUGUAGGGUAUCAUAAGUGUAAAUUAACUUUUGUGUUUUGUUAAGUGGAUGCUAUGCGGAGAAAAUUCUGGUAUAGACUAAAACCUUAUCUGAAAUUACUGGAUUUUUAGAUGGAAAGACCUAGGCAGAAAAGUUUAGAAGAGAACACAGGCAGUGCCAAAGAAUGACUAUGUCAUAGCUAUGUAUAACAGGAAGUCAGAAUGAUAAUUUAAUGGGAUCUUUUCAGGAUAAAUAGAGGGAGGGAAAGGGCAGUCAUUUCCGACUACCAAGCACCAGUGGGAUCUAUAUCGGAAGAUGAAUAGUUUGGUAUAAGUGAAAUACCUAAAUGGGAAAAUGUUUCUCGUGUGUUUGAGUAAAAAGGAGUAUUAUACCUUGAAGAGAGACUACCAGCCUGGAAGCCGUUCUUGGGACCUUGAAGAACCUUGGGGUCUACAUCUACAUCUUGGAAGUGAGAUGGUGAGAUUUUGGUGAAUGAGAUCAAUAUCUGGUUCUCUUGUUUAGACCUGGAUCAGGGUUUCUGCCAGUGGUCAAGUAAAGGUCUGGACUUUCACCAGUACAUAUUAAAUAUUCUUAGUCAGUCUUAUUAAUAUUUUGGAGGAGUGGCAGGCGAAUAGUUUGGAAGCUGCAAAAUAUGAUGUGUAGAGCUUCAAUUAGAUUGUAUCUGAGAAGAAUUCUGGUGUGGUGUUGCUUACAUUGUUUUUGUAUAAUUUUUUCCCACCUUCUGGAUAAGCAUCUUGAAUCCAUUCCUUGCUUGCAGUCCGGAUAUUCAACCACUAGUUGUCUUCUAUGGUGCACAUUUUCUGAAAAUUUGGCCGCACAGGUGUCAGUAGAUUCAACCUAUAGUAAAAAAUCACAUUCUCAUGUAAAUUGGUGGAAUUGAAGGAAAAAUGAACCUAUGGAAUAUAGCCGUCAUGCCACCAAGGCACGGUGAAGAGUGGUUGUAUGAAAUAAUCCAUCUGGUUCAAGGUCGGGCUAUGUGGAUCCAACUUAUAAAGUAUUGACAUUAAGAGAAUCGUGUAGAGAGCAUCAGUUGGAUUAAUGGGCCAGAAGGUUUUAGGAUAUUUUCGUAAAUACCACAACAUCCGUGGUAAAAGAUUGCACGGUAGUUAUUAACGUUCGCCAGAUUAAUGGUCGAAGAUAUAGUCAUUUCUAAUUGUACAUCAAUAACAUAGGCAUUGCCAAUUAUAUUCGGCUUCAACUUGUUAUAGAUGCUUACUAAAUAUCUGUGUUUCUGCAAGAGUACGAUGAUGAGAAUUUUUAACGGAAUUUAAAAUGGAUGUAUCCAUUUAACUCCUGACCAUGCACCCAUGUAAUCUGAUUGGGGGUGCUAAUGCAGGAUAACAAGGGAAUGGGGAGGCGGUGAUCUGUAUGGCCAGUGAAAGUCAUGGGGGCUAGUGACGAGUCUGAAGAAGAACAGGAAAGGAUCAUUGGUUGCAGGGAUUUACAUUUAUCCUCCAACAAAUAAAUAGGGGAAGCGAUGAUAAAUUUUUGCUUCAAUAUAAGAAAUUUUUCUCAGGUUGCAUGCUUUCAUUCUGUUGUAAAGUUUUUUGGGAAUUAGUGGAAAAAGUUGGUCGCCCGGAACAUGAGUGGCACUGAUGGAGGGGAGAAUAGAUAUUAUGUGUUCUGUUUUUCCAGUGGCUGAAUGCCAAUAGUUUGGACUGGGAAUCAGGGUGUUUGGGCGAGUUCUUUUAACGAGGUCAGCUGACACGUAGGUCCUUAAUUUGUCAGGGGAUUUUUAAUUGGAAUGUUUUGGAAAAGCUUAGGAUUUUAGAAUGAUUGGAUUUCUUCUCUCUGAUUGUUGCGUGUAUAUAAUAUUACUUUCUGUAAGACCUGGGGUGUUCCGGUUUGGAUUUCACCAUUGCUUUCGACUGGGAGUCGUAAAGUGCUUGGUACGUGAGUGGGUACGUCAAAUGCAUGAGGCAUGUGGAGGGGGGGAGGGAGGAAUGGAGGGAGGGACGGGAUUGAUGAUGAUCGAGAAGCAUUUUCUGGGUCUGCAUGCAAGUUAUCAAACAGCAGGACUUUCAUGCAACCGCAUGCCCUUUCUAUUUACAAAUGGAAUUAUUAUAAAAAGUAAAUAAUGGGUAUUCUUUAAACUAUCUACUUCAGGGCUAGCUUAUUCCUUGUCCUGUUUUCCUUUGACGAGUGGGAUUGAGGGCGUUGGAAGGGACCUAAUUGUGCCCUGUGAAUGACAUAGUGGAGUGGAUUGCUACUUUUGGGUCAUAAUUUCGGCCGAGAGAUUCAACAAAGCGUUUCAGGAAAUGCUGGGGAAACAAGACGAGGAAUGGAAAAUUACUAGGGUUUCAUAGAAAAAUGAUAACUGAUUGUUGGUGGUAUUGUCCAGCCAGUGAAAGAUGAGAGAGGGAAAGACACUAAUCUUUGCGGGAUAUGACUAUUUUUUUUAUUGUGAACUGUAUUGCUCGUACCAAUGGAAUCUGUAAAGUAAAUAUAUGCAUGUAAUUUCCUUUUCAGUUGCUGGCAUAUGGUACCAACUAAUCACGACAUUGGAAAAAAAUAACUUUAUAAACUGAAAAGCUGAAUUAAAACUAACAAUCAUCGAGUAUCUUUAAUAUGGGAUUAAGAAGAACUGGAAUCCGUAGUGUGAAUAAAUCUACCAAUGUUCAUCUUAAAAUUGGGGUUUUAUUCUUCCUGUAGAUUAUAUGACUAUUCAUGAACUCUGAUGGUUGCUCUAUUUUGCUUGGUCUUAACAAAACUCUAUGGUUUUACUCAUCCUGUGUGGAGUAUUUGCAAGUUGAUGCUGUUUAACUUUUUUUUGUGUUUUACAGAUAUGGGAUGCAAGCACAGGUCAAGGUUUCAUACAGUACAAUGACCAUCUGAAACGAGCCUGGUCUGUCGACUUUUCGCAAGGGGAACCGACAAAGUUGGCCAGUGGAAGUGAUGAUUGUUCUGUAAAACUUUGGAGCAUAAAAGAGGUACGUCUUACUCGACCCAUUUCUCUUCUUCGAAGACAACGGCACACUUUUAUCUCUAUGUUUUUCUCUUAACAGCAGUAGUUGCUUGUUCGGCCCUUCUGUUUGGUAGUGUUCGAACCUAAUACCAGGGGGUAGUGUUUGGUGACCGUUAUAUUUAACGGAUAAAUAGGGGUCUCUAUCACCUCGUUAUGAGUGUUUUAAUAAUAUAACUUCUCAAGUUACUGGAUGUGAUGGCAUGUGGAGUUACUCUUUUCUUUUCGUUGCCUUUGUUUUUUGGGAGCCUCUAUACUGUCUUUUCACUUGAUGCUGAAUUAGAUUCAAUUGACCUUCUUUAAAAAAAGAUAUCAUGGUUUUUAACAAUAUAUCCGUAUUUCUUCUUGGAUUGAUGAAAAUGCUUAAGCGGGAGUAUUUACAUUUUUGUUUGAUUGACAGAAAAAUUGCAUCAGUAGCAUCCGAACAGUUGCGAAUAUCUGCUGCGUCCAGUUCUCUUCAAGCUCAAGCCAUUUACUGUCCUUUGGCUCCGCUGACUACAAGGUUUACUGUUAUGAUCUUCGCAAUACAAGAAUCCCUUGGUGUACUUUGGCCGGACAUGGAAAAACUGUCAGCUAUGUGAAAUUUGUGGACUCUGAGACCCUGGUCUCUGCGUCAACUGACAACACCCUUAAGCUUUGGCAUCUCAACAAAACCAGUUCCACUGGAUUGUCGACUUCUGCGUGCAGUUUAACAUUGAGCGGUCAUACGAAUGAGAAGGUGUUCAUCUUGAUUCCUUCCCACUAUUUUCUAGAGCUCAUUUCAUGCAAUUCCAGAAAAGUAUGUUAUGUUUAAUUCUUUGCCAUUGAUUUCCAGAACUUUGUAGGCUUGUCUGUUUCUGAUGGAUACAUAGCGUGCGGUUCAGAAACGAACGAGGUGAAUUUAACUCUCUCUCUCUCUCUCUCUCCCUCUCUCUCUCUCUCCCUCUCUCUCUCUCUCUAUAAUUGAAUAUGCAUUAGCUGUCAACUAGCAUAUCGUAAAACCUGUCCUUUUCUUACCUUGCGCAAAGAUAGAUGUGGGCUCCGGGAAUCGAAACACCAAAAAAAUAAGAUAAAAUUUCCAGACGUUCUUAUUAUUUAAACAGCAAAGUGAUGCUUUCAACGCUUUGUUGCUGUGGAGCGUCAUGGUGGAACUGGAAGUCAGCGUCACUUACUUUCGUGUUGCAUCGGUUUUUCCUUUAAUCUAUUCGGUCACCUGGGAAUGAAGUGCCAAAAAUAUAGUCAAAUUGAGUACUCAGCAAGAAAAUAAUCAGGCUUUAUUCGCACUCGAAUCAACUAGACCCACCCACUUCUUCGACAUAUGUUUUUUUUCUAAAUAUAGACACAUAAAUGAAAUUAAUAAAUGCAUAUAUGCACAUAUGACUACAACGGGAAAUGCAGUCUGCCAUUCCUAAAACGACCAAUGGCUGGAUUUGGAUGAAUGUUGACUUGACAAGAUCUUGGUUCCAUUUCUGACUGGAAGAUGUUUCCUAUAUUUCCUCACUUGAUUGGUUUUGUCUGUAAUUUUCGUUUCUCUGCAGGUUUAUGCUUACUACAAAUCUUUGCCUAUGCCAAUAACUUCUCACAAGUUUGGGUCCAUCGAUCCCAUCACGGGCCUUGAGGUCAACGAGGACAGUGGACAGUUUGUCUCAAGCGUCUGCUGGAGGGGAAAGUCAAACAUGGUGGUGGCAGCAAACUCCACUGGCUGUCUAAAACUCCUGAAGAUGGUGUGA